CGUUUGACACCAUCCUGGCAGAAAGCAAAGGGAUUUCAGGGGUAGUAAAGUGCUUGCUAGUGAAUGCGAAUGCAAGACGUAGUACGGCGCGGCACGGCACGGUACGGCACGAACCGCGACGUCUCCGCCGCCAACGUGAUCCGUGUGCUCCUCCUGCUGAAGCUGAUGGGCUUCGAGCGGCCGACCAAGCUGCAGCGGCCGCCAUGGCCGCCGGCGGCGGCGGGGCCGGGCUGAGAGCCUGAACGGCGCUAGCAGGGCGUGGGGCUGAGGGUGCACGUGUUGAUUGGCGGCGAGUGACGUGACUAGUUUGUUAGCUGCAGGUUAGCACGGACUGUGCACCCCACCCAACCGGCCACGUCCGGAUUUGCGGGGAUGCCAAAGGCCCCCAACAUAGAGGCGUGUGCUUAGUAGGCGCCCGCGUCAAGGUGGCUGGGUUGAUAACGACCCGGGAUCAGCCCUUUUCCUGCCAUAAGGCAGCCACCUCCUUGUUGGUUUGAGCAUGUGUUGAUUGGCGGCGAGUGACGUGACUAGUUUGUUAGCUGCGGGUUAGCACGGACUGUGCACCCCACCCAACCGGCCACGUCCGGAUUUGCGGGGAUGCCAAAGGCCCCCAACAUAGAGGCGUGUGCAAUUUGCGUGUGCUUAGUAGGCGCCCGCGUCAAGGUGGCUGGGUUGAUAACGACCCGGGAGGGCAGGGCUCAGCCCUUUUCCUGCCUCCCUAAGGCAGCCACCUCCUUGUUGGUUAGAGCAUCAGAGGAAAAGCGCCCACCCCACACGGAUUGGCAUGGGUGUGCGCUAGAUGGACAGCGCAAGAGCAAUGACAACGUGACCAGACAUGAGUCCAUGACUGCGAUGGAAGACGAUGCGUGCAAUUGAACAGAUGCGUAAUUGGCAGUUGUAUGCGUGGGGGAACCGGUCUCUGACUUAAUGACGAGUGUGGUGGAAACGAAUGCGUACGUAGACCAGAGCGGACGGCGGACUUACGGUUAUCUUGACAGUGCGAACAGUGUGCGUGCGCAGUAUAGGUCAUGUUACUUUGAUAGGUAACUUCGUGGACUCGUAGCGAGACGUGUUUUGCUAUUGCUUGAUGAGUUAAUGGGCUGCAGGUUAGUUACUCGUGUGCGAAGAGUGGUGAGCAGGACGGUAGCUUACUCGAGUAGGGAUGUGUUUGCUAGUUGUCUGCCCGCGUGGGAGUGUUGAUGUUCGGGGUAUCCGGUCAGCCAACAGGGCAAACACCAUGCAGUGACACGGCCAUACGCCGGAGUACUUAUGCGCACAGCGUGCGCAUACACCUUGCUCUUGCUAUAGUAUAGUGAUAAGCCCUGUACAUGUGUAAGGUGACGACUCUCGUAUACAGUAACCUGAAGCCGUAACUAGCAACAACGUGCGUGAGACACGAUAAUCGAGACACUAGUUUGA